AUGGCCUUAUUUCGAAACGAAACAAACUACCCGUUUUGGGAUAAUCCAGAAACGAAAGAAAAAGUAAAUUGGGUUCGCGGCAACAACAACACGUGGAGUUUACUACUUCAUUUGGCAGGAAGCGCCACCGAUGAAAACGUUUUAAAACCGGAAAUAAACUACGAUUCCCCAAGAGGUGGUGUCAGCGUGAUCACCGAAAAGGGGGACAUAACUGUCAGUUACUUGUUGGUUCAGCGAGCUAAAGAUUCGGAUUCCGGCAAAUACACAUGCAAUCCAUCCAAUGCUAAUCCCAAAACGCUCAUAGUGCACGUCCUAAAUGGGGAACAUCCUGCAGCAAUGCAGCAUGGCGGUCAGUUAAGGUUGGAGUAUCCGUUCUCGGCGUGUCUGCUCAGCAUCUUGGUGGCUCUGGUGGGACCAUAA